CCUAGACCUGCCGACAUACCAACCUUCAUCCAAUCAUGAGACGGAAAUUUUAACCGCCAAACUCCACCAUGUCUGACAGUCUCUCCAUUCUCAACGACCCGCCCAAGCGGAUUGACGGACCAGGGCUUCUCCAUCAAAUGAUACAGUGGGACGAUUACAAUACUGCUCGCGCUAUUGACUUUACUGCCAAUGGCCAUAGAAGACAAUACACGUACGAAGAAGUUCAAAUUUGUGUGAGGGUCUUGGCUUCCAGAAUACAUGAAGCCCUCAGUCUGACCAUACGCCCUGUCACCAAUCCAAUCCACUCACAACGCCAGCAUAUUGUUCCCGUCUUACUUCCACAAUGUCCAGGUCUCUAUAUUUCUCAACUCGCAAUUUUGGAAUCAGGUGGCGCCUUUUGCCCAAUCACCUUAGAUUCCCCAACGGAAAGAAUCAGAUUUGUGGUGAGCGACGUUGCUGCCAGUUUGAUCAUCACUACGUCCGAAUUUAAAGAUGCUGUCUCCUGGGAGGGUGGUCCUAUGGUUCUACUCAUCGACCAGUUCCCUACUAUCCCAUCAAUCCAACCCUCGUGCUCUGGGUAUCGUCUUGCUCACUCCGAAGACCUAGCAUAUGUUAUGUACACUUCGGGAUCUAGUGGACAGCCCAAGGGUGUAGCUGUCAGCCACUUAGCUGUCACCCAAUCUUUGCUUGCACAUCAAAGGCAUAUACCCCAGUUUCGUCGGUUUCUACAGUUUGCCGCUCCCUCAUUUGAUGUCUCCGUUUUCGAAAUUUUCUUUCCUCUAGUUCGUGGUUGCACACUAGUUGGAUGUGAUCGGACUUAUCUCUUAAACGACUUACCAGGAAUGAUCAACGACUUAGAUGUUGAUGCAGCUGAGCUUACACCAACCGUUGUCGGGUCUCUUCUGCAAAACAGAUCUAAUGUCCCUAAUCUCAAACUCCUACUAACUAUUGGCGAAAUGCUUACGUGGCCAAUUGUUCAUGAAUUCGGAGGCUCUGAAGCAAAAAGCACUAUGUUAUAUGGGAUGUAUGGACCAACCGAAGCAGCUAUUCAUUGUAUAAUCUACCCCGCCAUGAAAGAUGGCGCGCCGCCAGGAAAUAUUGGAAUUCCUUUCGACACAGUUUCCACCUUCAUCGCCGCCCCAGGGAACUCAAACGACACAGAAAACGAUUUGAGGUUGCUCGCUAUCGGUGAAAUUGGAGAGCUUGUUCUGGGAGGUCCUCAGCUUGCGCGAGGCUAUCUGAAUAGAGAAGAGGAAAAUCGACUGGCAUUCAUCCAAGCCCAUGGCACUACUUAUUACCGAACUGGUGAUAAAGCAAGGCAGCUUCAUGAUGGCACAAUCGAAAUUCUCGGGCGCAUGAGUGUAGGUCAGGUCAAACUUCGUGGGCAAAGGAUUGAGCUUGGGGAGGUGGAGCAGGCCAUCUACAAGCAUCCUGGUUUGAAAUCGGUCGUAGCUCUUGUGACAAAUAGCACUCUUGUUGUAUUCGCCUUGGUUGGGUCACAGACUGUUGAUCCUGCUGAUAUUCAACGUACUUGCGCCAAAUGGCUCCCAAAAUUCAUGGUCCCUGGCGAGAUUGUUAUACUUCAAGAGUUCCCCUACCUGCCGUCUGGAAAAGUUGAUAAAAAGAGGCUGGAAACAGAUUAUCAGCAACGGGCAAAUGAUGGGCACGGCAACUCAGCUUCUCUCACCGCGACAGAAAGAAUUGUUCACAAUAUUCUACAGGAUCUUCUUGGUCCAUUUUCUCCUGACAGAAGACUCGCAGGAGUUGGUCUUGAUUCCCUUGUAGCGAUCAGAGUGUCAUCAAAGUUGAGGGAACUCAACUUUAACAUCACUGCCGUGUCAGUAUUACAUGCGGAAACUUUGCCAGAACUAGCUCAAGCUUGUGAAGAAUCUGUAUCAGCCACUACUCCGACUCCGACGCCCAAUAGGAAGAGCAACAUGAACAUGGAUACAUCUGAAUUGAUGGCUGUGAUAAUUGGACACGGGAGCGGCGUUGAAUCGGUGAUGCCUUGUACACCACUCCAAUCUGCUAUGUUAGCGGAGACUGCAGCGGACUCAAAGGCUUACCGGAAUUGGAUCGAGCUGGGAUUCUCGGGUCAUCCUAGUUUUGAAACUUUAUCUUCAGCUAUCAAUCGACUCGCAGAACUAAACCCUGUCUUGAGGACGGGGUUUGCGGAAUCCUCAACAUUCGAGGGAUUCGCUCAAAUUGUAUGGAAUUCUCUCCAGGGUCAACAGGUGGAGUUGGUUCAAGAGCUUAACUAUGGUCUUUUUUCAAUAGAACGCACUUCACUGCAUCACCCCAUCCAAUUCCAGAUAUUGAACACUGCUGAUAACUCAAAAGUAUUAAUACACAUCCAUCAUGCUCUGUAUGAUGCCUGGUCCCUGGAACUACUUCUUGAUGAUUUCGAUUGUCUUUUGAGAGGGCAGUCUCCAAAGACACGCCCGUCAUUUGCCUCGGUAGUUCAGGGAUAUGCAGAUGGCACUUUCAACACCAAUCAAUGGCUUUCUAAACAAUACUGGAAAGACCAUAUCAAUGGCUUGGAUCUCCGAGUCCUUCCGAACUUUCAUAGUCAAAAGUCCGAAUUAAAUGGCCUAGCAAUACGAAAAUACGACUCAUCGAUCCCAACAUCAGAUGUUGAAUCUGCAGCAAGAUAUCUUAAUUGCAGCUCUCAGUCAAUAUUUCAGGCAGCGUAUGCCAUGAUACUUAGCUCAUAUCAUGGUUCUUCAGACAUAUGCUUUGGCACGGUAUUUUCAGGUCGAACUUUACCGAUCCCAGGAAUUGAAGAAAUUGUUGGACCUUGUCUCGCAACGCUACCCAUCAGGGUCGAUACCUCUUUGUUUCUCGACUUCCAUACCUUGAUCAAAGACAUCAAUUCAAUCAAUAGAAAACAUCUAGAGCACAGCAAUGUUCCUCUACGCGAGAUCAAGUCAUCCGUAGAGGUUCAACCACAGCAAUACCUGUUCGAUACUCUGAUGAUAUGGCAACAAACUCUUCAUAGUUUUGAUCACAGUCGGAAAUUUGUCACACUCAUCGACACGAGGGAUAAUCUUGAAUUCAAUCUCACCUUGGAGGUGAUACCUGGGAAAUGGAAUGUAGUAUUGAAAGCAAAUUAUCGGCAAUCAGUAUUCCCAGAACUCCAGAUAGACCUUCUGCUUCGUCAACUAGAAGGCAUUGUUAAGCUGGCCAUAAAGGACCAUAAAAGCACACCAUUGGGAAGCAUUUUCGACGAUCUUGAGCACGAUGUUAUGUCCAUUGAGAAUUCGAACCCAAUGACCGAUCAAAAGCCUGAAACCUUGUCAUCUCCUGUGGAACGAAUAGCAUUGCAGGAUCCAACUCGUAUAGCAAUCGAGUUCGCGACUGACAUCAACUCACAAAAUCUAGAAUCAACAAGCAUUACUUAUUUCGACCUUAACAUACGUGCCAAUCAAAUGGCUCAUCACUUGCUCUCGCUAAAUGUUCUACCGGAUGAACUUGUCUGCAUAUGUAUGGAAAAGUGUGUCGAUUUGUACUCUUCAAUUCUCUCUACAGCCAAAGUUGGAGCUGGCUACCUUCCUCUUACUCCUGACGUCCCCGAGGAACGCCUUCGACGCAUACUAAAGGAAUCAAAAGCCAGAGUUGCCGUGACGCACUCGUCGCUACGGCCGCUAUUCAAGUUGUUUCGUGAUAUUGAGGCUGUCUACAUUGAUGAGGUUAAUUUCAGUUGCUAUCCAAGCAACAACCCUUCUUAUGUGUCACGUCCGGAGUACGUGUCUUAUUGUGUGUUCACUUCCGGGAGCACUGGUGUUCCAAAGGGAGUUUUGGUGACACAAGGCAAUCUUUUGAGUAACCUUGACGUAUUAGAGGAGCUUUACCCUGCGAAUGAGCACUCGAGAUUCUUACAAUCUUGCUCUCAAGCUUUUGAUGUAUCAGUUUUCGAGAUAUUUUUUACAUGGAGAAUAGGAGGUUGUAUCUGCUCAGCUAUUAAGGACGUGAUAUUCCGCGAUAUCGAACAAGCUAUAAGGUUGUUGGAUGUCACCCACUUGAGCUUGACGCCAACCGUCGCAGCUCUGGUAGAUCCCAAAAAUGUCCCGAAUGUAGAAUUCCUCGUCACAGCAGGAGAAGCAGUUACUCAGAAGGUCUUCAACGCCUGGGCGGAUAGGGGGCUCUUUCAAGGUUACGGCCCAAGUGAAACUACAAACAUCUGUACUGUCAACCCAAGAGUCACACACAACGACUCAAUUAACAACAUCGGACGGCCAUUCAAGAAUACAUCGGUCUUUGUUCUAUCUCGACAUGGGGAGUUUUCAGUGGUUCCCAAAGGUGGAGAAGGAGAACUGUGUUUUGGUGGUUCUCAAGUUUUCCGAGGCUACAUUAAUGAAAGCCAGCAGGUUGGAAAAAUAAUAGAACACCCUCAAUUUGGUCGUCUAUAUCGAAGUGGUGACUUCGGACGACUGAUGUGCGAUGGUACGUUAGCAUUCACGGGAAGAAAAGAUGACCAAGUCAAGAUCAGAGGGCAAAGAGUGGAGCUUGGUGAGAUUAACAAUGUCAUGUUAACGUCGAAAGAAGUUCAUGAUUGCGUAACGAUCGUCAUCGAAGUUGGCGGAAACUCGCAGCUGGUGUGCUUUUGGACCACCAGCGUCAACGCAACUGGCGAUCUCAUCUGUCUCCAGCCUGACCAGGAAAUUACCUCGCUUCUAUUCAAACAUCUAGAGUCAUCGCUUCCGACAUAUAUGAUACCUUCCACACUAAUCCCUCUAUCGCAUCUUCCAUCAACAUCACAAGGCAAAAUCGACAAGAGACUGUUGGUGAGCGAAUAUGAAGCUCUUGACAUUAAGUAUCUUGAGAAAGCGUCACGAACGGAAACAUCCUCUUCCAAUCAUGAGUGGACAGCUCUUGAAAAAGAAAUAGCACAAGCAGUUUCACAAGUUACGAAAAUGGAGAUCAACCAAAUACAGCCCGACACAUCAUUCUUCACGCUUGGAAUAGACUCAAUCUCCGCUAUACUACUGUCGAGAACUUUAAACUCAUCAAUAUCACGUCAAGUGGAAUUUUCACAAAUACUCAAAAACCCCUCCGUGGUGAGAUUGGCUGGUGUGCUUCAUCAUGCAGUACCCGUUGUCAGCAGUAUUGAGGCUAUUAAUUUCGAUUUCGGAUUAGAUCCUAAGUUCGUCAAUGCUACGAUUGAAACGUUCAAGCAAAUGGGGAAAAUUGUGCAAUCCACUGUGCCAUGUACACCUUUACAAGAAGCCAUGCUCUCAGCCAGCGAGUCAACAUCCAAAGACUUGUAUAGUAAUGAGGUGAUACUGGAUGUUCACGGGGAUAUUGCAAGGAUCCGGAAUUGCUGGCAGGAAAUGGUACAGAGGCAUGAUAUUCUUCGGACAUCGUUUGUGGCGACUGAUGAUCCACGAUAUGCCUAUGCGCAGGUAGUUCUGAAAGGACACAUGCUGGAUAUCAAAAAUGUCAAUGAGAAUAAAGAGCAUGGAGAUAACUCCACUUUGAUAAAUGGACGACUAUUCGAGGAUAGAAACUUCGAACCGCCUUACAGCGUCGAGGUUCUGGAAUCAGCUACAUCCACGCGACUACGUAUAACAAUGCACCAUGCGCUCUACGAUGCCGUGGCCCUGGCGAUUUUAUACGAAGAAGUCGAGAGGUUUUAUCAUGACGAGGCUCUCCCAAUCCCAGUGCCAUUUUCUCCUUUCUUACAGUUGAUGUCUUCCAUGGACAUGGAAGCAGCAGACCAGUUUUGGGGGAACGUAUUGAAAGGUCAUCUUCCAAAACCCUUCCCGCGCUCCGUAGAAUCCAUUAAAUCUCAGCAACCAGCUCAGACAUCCCCUCAAAUCCAAACUCUGGCGUCGGGGAUUUCACUGUCUUGGCUAGAAGGAUGUGUGAAGGAAAAUAGCACUUCUCUAUUGGCAGUUUGUCAAACGACAUGGUCUGGUCUUCUAUCGGAGUAUCUCCAGGAAAAAGAUGUUUGCUUCGGCAGCAUCGUUAGUGGACGGACAGUGGCAAUUGAAGGAAUUGAACGUCUAGUCGCUCCAUGUUUCAAUACCAUUCCAGUCCGACUUCAAGACAUCCACAAAAUUUCCUACCUAGAAGCGUUUCGAAAGUUACAGGCCUUGAGUAUUGAGUCGUUGCCCUUUCAGCUCACACCACUCCGUCGAAACCAAUCCAAAUUCAGUCCCAACGGUUCUCGACUUUUUGAUACCCUUUUCAUUUUACAACAGCCACCUAGAGAACUAGACCCUUCUAUUUGGUCGCUAUCGGAGGAUAGAGGUGCAAUGGACUUUCCUAUCGUUAUUGAGGUUGUUCCCAGACCGAAAGAUGAUACACUCAAAAUUACUCUACAUUCUUAUUCCUCUGUUCUUUCUUCAACAGACGCUAUCUCUAUUCUAGAAUCAUUUGAAAAGAGGUUAGAGGAGUCACUUAAAACUCCCCGAAAGCAGAUAUUGUCCCCUGAUAUCAAGGAGAAGAUUCUCGCAAGUUCUGCAACUAGGACUGCUAAAACAUCAAGUGUGGCCCAACCAAUGUCGGCACAAGUGAUGAGUGCAAAUGAAGAGAUGAUCAGAGAUGCACUGGCGGAUUUUACAGAUGUUCCCAGAAGCAGGAUUUCGAGAGAUGUGAGCAUCUUCCGGCUUGGUCUUGAUAGUAUCAGUGCAGUUCAAGUGGCAACUCGAUUACGGAAACUCGGUCAUAAUAUGAUGGCAAGCGAUAUAUUGGAACAUCCAAGUAUAGCUGACUUGGCUGCCCACCUCGAAAAUCGCGAGAAGAAACCCCUUAGCGAAAGGUUUUACGACUUUGAACUCUUCGACAAGACUCAUCGAGAAGGAAUCAUCGCCAGCAAUGAUUUACGUGCUGAUACCAUUGAGAGCAUCAGGCCAUGUACAGUUGUUCAGCAAGGAAUGAUCGCGCAAAGUCUACAUUCUCAGGGCGAAGAAUAUGUCAAUAGCAUGUGGAUGGAGCUUGAACCUACGGUCUCGGUCUCAAGAUUACGAGAUGCGUGGUCUGAAACUCGCAAGUCCAACGAAAUUCUUCGCACUGGGUUUGUCACGACGGAUGACCCUCGGAAUCCAUUCGCGAUGGUCACCUAUUCCGAUGAUACACUCCAGCUACCUUUUUACGAUGGUGAGAAUCCUGUUCAGUUGUUGAUCAAGGACCUCAAGCGUCCAUGGUUUCUGUCCAUAAGAGAAGAAGGUGGGAAGAGUACGAUGAGACUUACUGCACACCAUGCUUUGUAUGAUGGACAAUCACUUCAGAUGAUUUUCGAGGAUGUCGCCAGAGCUUAUACAUCGGGGUCUGUUGACGAACGUCCAUCAAUAAGCUCCUUAAUUGGAGCGAUACUGUCUACGGCUGGAGAGAAUAUAGAAGCCCAGAAAGAAUUUUGGCUCCUGGAGGAGAAUACAGUUGUCAUCAACAAAUUUCCAGAACUCACACCUCUCCAAGUCGCAUCGAACAGAAGCUCGGUUCGAGAAAUCAUAUCGAGAAGCUCCCUUGCUCGGCUCGAAAACGACUGCAGAGAUAAUGGUGUCACGAUGCAAGCAGCAUGCCAAGCUGCAUGGGCAAGAUUGCUCGCUGCGUAUACCGGGGAGAGCUCUACGACCUUUGGGAUGGUUCUAUCGGGUCGCUCGGUUUGUGAAGAAGCUGAGAGAACAUCCUUCCCUAGUAUGGUCACACUCCCAGUUCGAUGCAAUAUUGUGGGGGCAAACACAGAGCUUCUCCAAAGAACAAUGACACACAAUUCGAAACUCCAGAAUUAUCAGUUUUCAUCUCUCACCUCAAUCCAAAAAUGGGCUGGUUACCCUGAAGGAAAGAUAUUUGACACCCUUUUCGCUUAUCAAAAGCUUCCCGAAUCUGAGGACCCUAUAGUUAUGCCAUGGAAACUUGUUCGCGAGGAGGCUGCUGCUGAUUAUGCAGUGUCGCUGGAGGUACAGCCUAUGGGUUCUGAUGAACUUGUUAUUCGGCUCACUUUUAGAGAGGACAUCAUUCCUAUCGAACAUUCUGGCAUCUUGCUUAGACAGUACGACUCAAUUCUGCUUGAUAUUCUGGAAAAUCCGGGGAAUGCUUGCGAUGUUGCCUUGGGGUUCGGACCUGAUUUGUUGUCUAUCACGCCUGCUACAGAACAUGAGCUGCCGAGUGAAAUUAUGCUCUUACAUCAGUUUGUGGAAAGAGGGGCUCGACAGUGGCCGAACAAGAAGGCGUUUGAAUUUGCUUCAUCGCUGGAUCCUGGAAAUACCAAAAUCCAAUCAUGGAAUUAUGCUGAACUAGAGGAAGAAGGGAAUAAGAUUGCGCAGUUUCUUGUUGAUCGAGGGGUUCAGUCUGGAGAACUAAUCGCAAUUUCCUUUGAUAAGUGUCCCGAAGCGUCAUUUGCAAUCAUUGGCAUUCUAAAAGCCGGAUGUGCUUACGUUGCUCUGGAUCCAAAUGCACCCAUUGAACGUGUCCAAUUUAUUCUUGCAGACUCAGCAGCCAGACUUGUUCUCACAUCCGGGAAGCCUGGGCAAGCUUUGAAAGGCAAUGUCGACCAGGAGAUUAUACUUCUUGACUCUAAUGAAGUCUGGUCUAUUUAUAGUUCUGAACCUCCAGAACUAUCAAGAGAAACCCUACCACAAGAUGUUUCGUACUGCCUCUACACAUCUGGAACGACAGGGACGCCCAAAGGCUGUCUAAUCACCCACGAAAAUGCCGUCCAAGCAAUGCUCUCAUUCUCAAGACUCUUCGCGGAUCAUUGGACCGAAGAUUCAAAGUGGCUCCAAUUUGCCUCCUUUCAUUUCGACGUCAGCGUACUCGAACAAUUUUGGAGCUGGAGUGUUGGAAUUUGUGUAUCUUCAGCACCUAGAGAUGUCAUAUUUGAAGAUAUCCCUGGCACUAUACAAAGAUUGGGCAUCACACAUAUCGACCUUACCCCCAGUCUUGCACGGCUUCUACAACCUGAAGACGUUCCAUCGUUGUGUAAAGGCGUCUUCAUCACUGGCGGUGAGCAACUCCGUCAGGAAAUUCUCGACGUUUGGGGUGAGCAUUCUUGUGUCUACAAUGGGUAUGGGCCAACUGAAGCUACCAUCGGCGUCACAAUGUACCCUCGUGUUCCUAGAAAUGGCAAACCUUCGAAUAUUGGACCAGCAUUUGAUAACGUAGGCUCUUUCGUAUUGAAACCUGGUACGGAGAUACCUGUUCUUCGCGGUGGUGUGGGUGAGCUAUGUGUUUCCGGAAAACUGGUUGGGAAGGGAUAUCUCAACCGUCCUGACUUGACCACAGAAAGAUUCCCAACUUUAAAAGAUUUUAGGGAACGAGUUUACCGCACGGGAGACCUUGUACGAAUUCUUCACGACGGUUCAUUCAUCUUCCUUGGUCGAGCUGAUGACCAGGUCAAAUUGAGGGGUCAAAGACUGGAACUUACGGAGAUUAAUGAAGUGAUCAAAAAGGCCGUGGAGGUGUUGCAAGAUGUGGUUACUUUAGUGUUGAAAUACAGCACCCAGCAAAAGGAACAACUCAUCACGUUCUUCGUCUCCGCCACCCAACCAGAGUUGCAAACUCGUGGAGCCCUGAUUCAGCAGAUGAGAGAUUCUUGCAAAGCCCGUCUUCCUGGAUAUAUGAUCCCCACACGCUUCAUUCCCAUCGAAAAACUUCCACUAAAUGCGAAUAAUAAGGCGGACUCGAAACAACUCGCAAAGUUCUACAAUGACAUGAGUGUCGAUGAGCUACAGGCAUUAAGCCGCUCGGAUCAGAAAGACCUGGAUUGGAAUCAGAAAGAGAACACAGUGGUGGCUCUCAUUGCAGAAGCUAUGAGAAUCCAAGAUAUCUCAACCAUCACUCGGAGCUCGAAUAUUUUCGAGCUUGGUCUUGAUUCUAUUUCCAUCAUCGGCUUCUCUCGUGCGCUUCACAAAUCCGGAUUGCAGAACGCCAAAGUGUCUGUGAUUAGAAAUAAUCCAAAUAUAGUUGCUCUUGUUGCGGUACUUUCUAGUGAUGCACAUUUGGAGAAUGAGAUGGAGAAUGACUAUAUUGCUGCCAUUCAAAACAUCGCUGCAUUUGAGCAGAAACAUAAAGCUGGUGUGUGUCUGGAACUGGGUAUUGAGGCUAUGGAAGUGGACUGUGUUAUGCCUUGUACACCGGUGCAGGAAGGGAUGAUAUACCGUUUUCUGGAGAGUGACUUUCCUCUUUACUUCAAUGGAUUUUCCUUCCGAAUACAGGAAGGUAUUGAUAUUGAAAGGUUACUUGGGGCAUGGAAACGAGUCGUCGAUAAAGUCCAGGUCUUGAGAACCAAAUUCGUCCCUACUGAUGAUGGAUUUGCGCAGGUUGUUUUCAAGAGCGUUGGGGUUUCAUGGGCGGAAGCUCCCAUUGAUUAUUCUGCGAUGGAAAAGCUGACUGCCUUGAGAUCUCCGUACACUCUUAGGACGGAAAAGGAUUCUCACGGUAAAGUUUUGAAAAUUCAGAUCUUUCAUGGUCUCUAUGAUGGGAUCAGCCUCACGAAACUUCUUCAGAAGGUGGUUGAAGAGUUCAAAGGUUCUAAAUCAGUGGAUUAUGGACCGUCUUUCCAAUCUUCGUUGCCGUAUGGACCUCUCUCAAGGGUCGAUGGUGCUCAAGAGUUCUGGGUUGAUCACCUCAAGGAAUGGUCCUAUAAAUCAAUUCCCACGAUUUCGGACUCGCAAAAGGAUGUUGUCGCGAGGUUAAAACUUACCAAUCUCUCGGGUCUUGAACAGUUCCGCAAAUCAUUAGCCGUUACACCGCAAGCCCUUGUCCAGGCAGCCUGGCUUUCGGUCCUUCAAACAAUCACCUCCUCCAAGGCAACGCUUGGUCUCGUCAUUUCUGGUCGAAGUAUUGAUUUCGAAGACGCCGAAAAUGUGAUUGGUCCUUUAUUCAACACCGUUCCCUUUCACUGCGAUAUUUCAACAUCGCAGAAUUUCAAAGAUUUGAUUCUGAGAUGUCACGAGACCAAUAUGCGGAUGCAGAAUUUCACCCAUACACCGCUGAAAGACAUCCAGAAGUGGAGUGGUGCGAAGACGAGACAGCCUUUAUUUGAGUCGUUAUUUGUGUUUCAGAGGGAGAGAGAGGAUGAAACAAAUUUCGCGGACGGGGUCUGGAGAGAGGAAGUGGAUAAACUGGUAGCCGAUUAUAAGAUUGCUUUUGAGGCUACAAUGGGAAUUGAUGGGGAAUCUCUGGGCUUGAUUAUUGUUGCGAAAGGGGAUGUGAUUACUAUGGAAGCGGCGAAUGAGUUGCUGAGAAUGAUGGAAAAGACUUUGCAUGAUGUUAUUGCCAAUGAGGGAAACAUGAGUAUUCCAGGGAAUAAGUCAUCAAUGACGGAAUUAGCACCUGAUGUUGAGGGUAAAGUGGGCUCUUCGUCAAAUGGAGCAUCUAAGCAAGAUUUCUCCGACGAAGUCUUCGAAUGGACAGACGAUUUCAGAUCUAUGAGAAAGGAGAUAUCGGAGCUGGCACAAGUCUCGGAGCUUUCGGUUCAUCAUACAUCAUCCAUAUUCGAACUUGGUUUGGAUAGUAUUGACGUUAUCAAGUUGUCUUCUAGGCUGAAGAAAAAGGGGAUCGAAAUGCCGGUUAGCGCAAUCAUCAAAGCUCAAAGUAUUUCAGAGAUGGCACUCAAUCUCUCCUCAAAACUGAACCAGGGUUCAAAGGAAUCUUCAGCAAAACUUCUCGAGGACAUAAGUCAGGCACUUUCGAAGUCGCUAAAAGAAUCUGGCAGACUACCCGGAGAACAGGAAUUGAUUUUGCCUGCCACGCCACUCCAGCAAAGUAUGGUCAACGAGAUGGUUCGAUCUGACUAUAAACGAUACCUAAACAUUGAUGCUCUUGAGCUCCGUAGCAACGUCGAUUUUGAGAGGCUCGUAUCUGCCGUAAACAUGGCACUCGAUAAUUCUCCUAUCUUCCGGGCAACGUUUGUGCAGGUGGAAGAACCCAGUUUGUCGGUCAGCUACGCGCAAAUCAUGCCUCCUACGCAGCAUAAAUGGUCUGCAUGCUACAAGCACACUUUGUUGCCAGAAGAGAGCUUUGAUGAGUUCAUGGGGGAUCUCAGCCGAAAAUGCAUAUCAUUCGCAAGGGAUCGAGGUGAACUAUUCCAGCUACACUUCGUCGAUUCUGACGCUGCUCAGUAUUUUGUCAUGGUGGCUGCGCACGCAUUGUAUGAUGGCACUUCUAUGCGAUUAUUCCACGAGGAUAUCGUAAAAGCGUAUCAUAAGAGACUCGAGCCUCGAAUAGACUUCACACCCUUCUUGGGCGAGGUGGUGCGUUCUACGACCGAGGAAGCUAAGAAAUUCUGGAAGAGCACAUUGAGUGGCCUGCCUGUUGCAGUGUUACCGAAGAAGCAGGUUUCUGAAGAGGAGGGUUCUAAAAUUUAUCGCCUCGAGAAAACAUCUCAUGUAUCAUUGAAAGAUGCCGAGGACCUUUGCAGAUCUUCAAGGGUCACUUUACAGACCGUCGGUCAGACCGCUUGGUCACUCGUUCUCGCUCAAUUAAUGGGCCAACUUGACGUUGUUUUCGGGUCCGUUCUCGCUUGUCGGGAUACAGAAGAGGCAAACCAAGUCAUUUUCCCCUUGAUGAACACCGUGGCUGUACGAUCCGUUUUACAUGGUACUUUGGACGAAAUGCUCAGUUACAUGCAAAAUAUUAGUGAUACUACGAGACAGUAUCAACACCUCUCUCUCGGGACGGCUCAGGCGUAUGCCUUGUCAUCAAGACAACCUGACGAUUCGAAGGACACUACAAUCUUUGACACCUUGUUCAUCUAUCAAGGCCGUAGAAGCACGGUACAGGCGGAGAAACUUUAUGAUAGUGUUUAUGGUGUAAGUGAUGUUGAGUUCCCUGUUUGUGUUGAGAUGGAAGUAGUGGAUGGAAAGAUCGUCUGGACUACAGCGUGCAAGGCGGUUGCAAGGACAGAAAAUGAAACCUCUGUGUUGCUCGACUCAUUGGACUUGGUGCUUCAAAAGCUUGUUGAGAAUACUAAGGUCCCUACAUUCACAUCGGAUUCGGAGGGGAUUUCUGUUUGUGGGCUACAGAAGUUUGAGGUAGCCAGGUCACAACCCAGGAUUGCUGCUGUUCCAGCUCAAAAGAUAAGUGAAGAGUGGUCGGAAGUUGAACUUAAGAUUCGGAGAGCGCUUCAUGAGGUUUCCGAUGUACCUGAAGAAUCUAUCCGCAAGGAUAUGACUAUCUUUCACUUGGGAUUAGAUUCAAUCCUUGUUCUCAAACUUCCUGCUCUUUUUAGAAGGAUGCAAAUCACACUUAGCGUCUUCGACGUUUUACGAGAACAAACAAUCGAUGCCAUGUCCAAACUCAUCGCAAGCGCGGAGCCGAAGGUUGAAAAGGUUAUUGAUGUGGAAGGGAUUCUCAAGAGAGCUGUUGAUGAGAUUGGUGGCGAAGAGGAGUUGAAUGCUUUGAGUCAGGAAAUUGGAGAAAUUGCAUAUGUUAUGCCUGCUACUGCCGGGCAGCUUUACAUGAUUCGACGAUGGCAAGCUUCUAGAGGGGGAUUGUUCAAUCCCACCUUCACGUACAAAAUAUCUGCUGGAUUCAACAAGGAGCAACUUGAGAAUGCAUGGAAAGGAUUGCUCUCAAGACACGACAUCCUCCGCGCGAAAUUUCUGGAAGUUAAUGACAAAAUCCUGCAAGUCAUUUUCAAGGAGCCAAAGAACGAAAUCAAAUACGAAACUGAAAUCAAAGAUGGGGCCGUGGUGCUCAAGCUCAAGAUCCAUCACGCACUUUACGACAGCACCAGUCUUCCCAUCCUACUCAAAGACCUCCAGUCUCUUUACCUGUCAGAACCUCUAACACCAAUCGAUCAAGGGUUCCGCUCCUUUGUCGCACAGUCUCUGUCAGCUUCUCAGACAGCAAAACAGAAGUGGAACCAGUACCUUUCCGACGCACCACCCCCAGCUCCCCUUCCAAAACUUGCAAACAUCAACAGACGCACCGAAAUCUAUCAUCCCAGUCUCCCACUCAGUAAUCUAGGAGCACAAGCACGAAACUUAGGUGUUACAAUAGACACCCUCCUACUUGCCUCCGUUGCACGAACAUAUGCUCAACAUUUGGGAACGAAAGAUGUGGUAUUUGGUAUUUACCUUGCUAAUCGUGCGGCUUUCGGAGAGGAUCUUAGCACAGUGGUCGCGCCUACUCUUAAUUUUAUUCCGUUAGUUGUUCGUGCGGCGAAAGAGAGGGGACUAGAGGAUAUAGCGAGAGAGAUUCAAUCCGAUCUUGGAAUGUUCCAUGAGCAGGAAAUGGGAUGUGUGAGCUUGGAGGAGGUAGGGAGGAGUGUUGGUUUGUUGGUCAAUAUUCUUAAGGAUGAUGAGGGAGAGGUUUAUGAGAACGAAACGGGAGCUUUUGAGAGUGCGGAUUCUUUUGGGGAAAGUUCCGGGGUUGUGGAAGGUGUUGAGGACGAGAGGUUUGCCGGGCUGGAUAUUCAAGGCUCUGAAGUUUAUCAGGUAGUUUUAUUCUCGUUCUCAAGUUGUUUUGGUGAAAUACUAAUGUUGCAAUAGCCAACGAUUGAUGUCGAAUUAAGGUACCGCCCUGCUGGUAUGAUCGAUGUUGGUAUUUUUGCCCCGACGGAAAUGUUAGAUGUGGAAACAGGCGAGGCAUUUGUUGAUACUUUCAAGGGGACAUUUUUAGGUUGAGCAUUCUUGUAUUCCCCUUUAUUUCUUUUCAAGUCAAGUUUAGCGUGCCCUGUAUCAGACGAUUGUCUUAGAUAGCAUGGAAAGAGAAUCAAUUCCCUGUCUCUUUGCUGAGAGUACACUCACCGUCACAGUAUACCUAGGUGGGUAUUGACCAAACCUGAAAGUUCAACAAUCCAAGGGUUGAGAUAAAGAGGCCUUCAGCUGAACAUUCCCAUUUCUUAACUCGUAAUCUCCAGAUCCAGUACAAUACACUCAAGGCAAC